UUUGAUUUACUAGUAUAUAAAUUAUAAUAAUGUUGUGGUAUGUUGUAUGACGCUGAAAAUUGAUGAGUGGAUGACCGAAUUGAGCAGUACCAUACUGGUAAUCGCUUCAAGCUAGUAGUCAGAAGGAGUAGUUGAGAGCUGUGAUUUGGAUUAUGGAGCAGUUCCUUGCUCUUGCUAAGAAUGCUCGCGGUGUUUCUGCUGCAGCUCUAGUUCAAGAGAUUAUCAGCCAUCCCAAUGUAUUUGUAUUCGAAGAAUUAUUACACACAUCUGCAAUUGCAGAGCUUGCGGGGACCGAGCACUCACCAUAUUUUGAUCUUUUGACCGUCUUUGCUUAUGGUACCUAUACUACGUAUAAAGAGCGGCAAGCAUGCUUACCAGCUUUGACACCAGAGCAACUUCGAAAACUUCGUUUUCUGACCAUCGCCUCACUAGCAACAGGUUGUAAAAAAAUCAAGUAUGCAGAUCUCCAGCAGGAGCUGGGAAUCACUAGUGUCCGUGAGUUGGAGGAUCUGAUCAUCCUGGCAGUGUAUUCAGGUGUUGUGAGAGGGAAGCUUGAUCAAGUCCAUUCUGAGUUUGAUGUGGAAUUUGCCAUUGGCCGGGACAUUCAACCUGGCAGCCUUGACACCAUGGCUGUAACUCUAUCCAAAUGGAGCUCUCAGUGUCAGCAAGCAUUGGAAAGUAUUGAGAGCUGCAUUGGUCAAGCUAAUGCAAGUCGUGCGAAACAUCGGUCAGAAGAGAAAGCACAUGAGCGUGCAGUGGAGAUUGCUUUGCAACAGGUGUUACCAGUUCAAGUGAGUGGAAAUCAAAUGGAUAGUGAAUACUCCUCCAGUCCUUCAUCCAGUGCCUUGGAAUCUUUCAAUAAUGUGCAGCCUACCGCUAAGAGGCAAAAGAUGAAAGGGACAUCAUCAGUGCAACGCAAAGUAGUAUAAUGUCGCUUCUUCUCCUACGUCUCUAGCACACUUAGCCAGUUUUGAAAGUUUAACUCUUUUCAAUACAGUAGCAAUCAUCAUAAAACAGCAGAUUACGACGAGCAUUGGCAUACUCUUAUUGAUAAUCUGCCAUCAAGAAACACACAUCCGAAUUGUAGACGAUAUGAAAAUAUCACAUGUUCAGCUAUUUUAUGCUCGGCAUACUUCUUCUUCCUUACUUCAGCUACAUGCAUGCUAGCUGCUGAUCCAGGUGCUGGCACAUUUGAAAUAUGUACAUAGUUGGUACUCAAUCUCCGAUAUGUAAAGCGGCUGCAAUGUUCUUUCCUUUAUACAAAUGUACAUAUUUUUUAAGUUUACAUGCACCUAUUGUGUUUAAAUUUCAGUUUCCUUGCACAUCUUCUUCACCACUACUGUUGCUAGAAAACAAGUCCACAAUGUAAAUUUGUGUUUAACGUAUGAUCAACAAUACAAGAUUAUCCUUCAAAUA